CUGAAAGUGGAGUCAAUUAGUAUUUGCAGUUGUCUUCGAAAUUAGCUGAGCCAAAGCUGGGGGAUAUACAGAGGCAUUGCCAAAGAUGGAUACAGGGGCGACACCGCACAUCAACUCAGCCCGACUGGGCUCAUUUGCCGGCAGGACAGUCCGGGUGAUUGGCAAGGUUGAACGUGUAGAAGGAAAUGUCGUCAUGCUAAAGAGUUCGGAUGAAGGACUGAUCGAAGUCAGCAUAGCUAAUCUGGGAGAGCAUGACUGGCCUAACCUGCAAUAUGUGGAGAUCAUUGGAAAAGUGAGCAAGUCUGGUGACGUGCUACAGGAGUUCAGCACGAUCGAGAUGACCGGGCCAGAACUAGACAUGAAGCUGGUGGAUCGCCUUGUGGCGUUCGAAGAGAAACUUCCAGACGUGUUUGGACGAGCAUCGUAAUCACUCAUCGAUGUUCUGUCGGUCGCGCGCUACCCGUACACUGGCCAAGGGGGGGCCACACAGGCUCCUUGUCCUAUACGUCAUGUACCAUAGUCACUGCGCCUGGCCCAUCUGCAUCAUUUCGUC